UAGAGAUUUGCGUCGUCUCUCUGGUGUAUUUUGUAAAAACCAAAGCUUUUGUUUUUUUUUAAUUAUAUAAUUUUUUUUUUGUAACAACACUUGUUUACUGUUUUUUCCUCUGUGAAAUUUGGUCACGGAUCCUUUGUUUCUUUUUUAUAUACUCUUUAAGAGAAAAAAUAAUCUCAUCCCCAGGUUUCUUACCCAUCUAUCUAUCUAUCUUUCUCUCUUGUCUCUAGGGUUCUGGGUUUUAGCUGUUUGGGUUUUAUUUGGUUUCUCACUUUCUCUUGUCUGUCUCUUUGUCUUUUUUUUUUUCUUGAAGAACAGGGUAAAGGAAGAAGAGUUUGGUUUUUUUGGAGGUUUUGAUUAAAUCGGAGUAAUCAACCAACAAAAAGGCGUUUAUAACGCUUUGAUUUAUGUCGGCUGGGUUUGAAUCGACUGUGAUUUUGUCUUUGAUUCAUCUCUCUUCUCCGAUUUAUUCAUCAUCAUCAUCUUCUUCAACGCCAUCGUCUUCUUUGAAAUCUGGUCUGCUCAACGCUCUUCACUUCUGCUCUAAGCAGAGGCUUGUUCUCCAGACUCCUUCUCUUUCCAUGCGCUUAAGACCCAAAAGGACUUGUUCUGGUGUUGAAGUCUUUGGGGGUUUUCACAUAAAGCAGCAAAAAUUUUCUUUUUUCAUAGUUCGCUGAGAGUUUUGAGUUUUUGAUUCACAAAAAGUUUUGACCUUUUGAGUGAUUUUUUUGUUCGUUCUGUUUUCUUGGGUAUAUUGAGGAGUGGGGUAUAAACAAUGGUUGAGGUUAGAAAAGAUCAGUCUUUGAGUGGUACUACUAGUGUGGAGAUGAAGAAGAAACAAAAGAGGAACACUUUAUCAUCCCUUCCUCAAGAAACCCAACCUUUGAGAAAAGUCCGUAUCAUUGUCAAUGAUCCUUAUGCUACUGAUGAUUCCUCUAGCGAUGAGGAAGAGCUUAAGGUUCCUAAGGUUCGGAAAGUGAAGCGUAUUGUUCGUGAGAUUAACUUCCCGUCUAUGGUAGUUUCUGAGCAGCCUUCUGAGAGUUCUUCUCAGGACAGUACUAAAACUGUUAGCAAGAAAGCUGCGUCAGCUACUCCUGCUUGUCCUAUGGUGUUGACUAAGAAGCCUGUUGGUGUUAGGCAGAGGAAAUGGGGGAAAUGGGCUGCUGAGAUUAGGCAUCCCAUCUCUAAAAAUAGGAUUUGGUUGGGUACUUUUGAUACUCUUGAAGAUGCUGCUAAGGCUUAUGAUGUUAAGAAGAUUGAGUUUGAAGCACUUGCGGCUUCCGUCUCUGUUUCUGGAAAUGCGUCGACUAAACCUGCUGUUUCUUCAUCUGAGACGAGUCAAUGCUCUCGUUCUUCACCUGUUGCUCCUGUUGAGCAAGAUGAAACUUCAGCUUCAGCUCUCACUAGUGUCAACACAACUGUUGAAGUCUCUAAAGAAGUGACCACUGCUCCAACUCCAAACGCUGCUGCUGGGGGAAACAAGGAUCUGCUGUUCGACUUCGACUUCACUGAUCUACAAAUCCCUGAUCUUGGUUUCUUUGCGGAUGGUCCAAAUGGGAACGACCUUGACUUUGAUUGUUUACUCAAUGAUGAUCAGUUUGAUGGCUUUGGCUUGCUUGAUGACAUUCAAGGAUUCGAAGAUGAUGGUCCAAGCGAAUUGCCGGAUUUCGACUUUGCGGAUGUUGAAGAGCUAGCUGAUUCUAGUUUCGGUUUUCUCGAUCAACUCGCCCCUCUCAACAUUGGUUGCCCAUUAAAAAGUUUUGCAGCUUCAUAGGAUACUUACUUCAAUGUUUUCAAGUGAGAAGAGUCUUUCUUUUUCAUCAUU